UUUUGGAACGUGCAAUCUUUGCCCUCAGCAUCGAACAGGAGAGCGAGCGAGGCUGUAUGCAAAAUCCUCUGAACUUUUCCAACAUGGAUGCCCCUUUUACCCCCGAAUUGAAGGCAGAACUGAAGAAAAUCGCCGAGGCUAUUGUGGCUCCUGGCAAAGGUAUUCUAGCAGCAGAUGAAAGCACGGGCACGAUGGGCAAGCGACUGGCGAACAUCGGCGUUGAAAAUGUCGAAGAGAACCGUCGCCUUUACCGACAGCUUCUGUUUAGUUCAGGCGCAGGCUUUAGUAACAGUAUAAGUGGUGUCAUUCUUUUUCACGAAACUGUUUAUCAGAAAGCAGACGAUGGAACGUCGUUUGUUAAGAUUUUGAAGGACCACGGCAUUAUUCCAGGGAUCAAAGUCGACAAAGGUGUUGUGCCUUUGGCUGGAACCGUUGGUGAAGGCACUACUCAGGGACUUGAUGGUCUGUCCGAGAGAUGUGCUCAGUACAAAAAGGAUGGCUGCGACUUCGCUAAAUGGCGCUGUGUACUGAAGAUUGGUCCGAAUCAGCCUUCCGAGCUUGCCAUGAAAGAGAAUGCAAAUGUCCUCGCUCGCUACGCAAGCAUUUGUCAGGCUAAUGGGCUCGUUCCAAUCGUUGAGCCUGAAGUAUUGUGCGAUGGUGAUCAUUCUUUAGAAAGAUGCCAGCAAGUCACGGAAGCUGUUCUCUCAGCUACUUACAAAGCGUUGGUCGACCAUCAUAUUUAUCUGGAAGGAACGCUUUUGAAGCCUAACAUGGUCACAGCUGGCCAAUCUUGUCCAGCAAAAUAUACUCCAGAGCAGAAUGCCCAGGCUACUGUAACAGCCUUGUCCCGCACUGUACCUGCUGCAGUACCAGGUAUUGUCUUCUUGUCUGGAGGACAAUCUGAAGAGGAAGCAUCUGUCAACCUGAAUGCCAUCAAUCAGUAUCCAGGCAAGAAGCCAUGGCGCCUGACAUUUUCAUUCGGCCGUGCUCUUCAAGCCAGUGCCUUAAAAGCUUGGGGUGGAAAAGCAGAGCAAGUGAAAGCUGGGCAAACAGAGUUUCUGAAGCGUGCUACAGCUAAUGGAAUGGCUUCUAAGGGAGAGUAUACCGGAAGUGCAAGUGUGGCUGGAGGAGAAAGCUUAUUUGUAGCCAACCAUCAGUACUAACUUAACAUCCCAGUUUGGUUCUUUUCAGUGGCAAGAAUAAGACGUAGGCAGGAUUAGAAUUAGCAUGACAUACUAAAUUCUUGCUGUAGUGUGUAAAGCAGGCAACCAAAUGUUAGGCUACUUAACUUAACAAAUAAUUUUCUCAUGGUGAAUAUACUCAUUUCAUAAUUCAGUAGUGGUAGUGAUUUGCUCAUAGCAUGCUUCUUUCCUUAAAAGUGAACCAAGGUGAAAAAGAGGAUAUGAUAUAAUGAAUAAAACACAAGUGGAAUACA